GUCGAUUUCUCUCGAGUUCUCCCGAAGAUAAGCAAUCGGAAGCUUUUUGACACUCACAGGGGAACAAGGAUGGAGGAACUGGCAAACAAGCUUCUCGCAGAGGGAAUUCAUAAGAAAUUGAUCAGUCCUGGCAAAGGAGAGCUGUCAUCGUUUCCAGAUGGAACGAAGGUGAUAUUCCACUAUCGGACUAGCCUGUGUGACGGUACAGUUCUGGAUGAUUCCAGGACCAUGGGGGGCCGGUCCAAGCCCAUGGAACUCAUCCUGGGCAAGAAGUUCAAGCUUGCUGUUUGGGAGCAAAUUGUCGCCACCAUGAGGGAGGGAGAAGUGGCAGAUUUCACUUGUGAUGUCAGGCACACGGCCCUGUACCCGCUGGUGUCUCAGUCCCUGAGGAACAUCAGUGCGGGGAAGGACCCCCUGGAGGGCCAGAGACACUGCUGUGGAAUUGCUCAGAUCCACUCCCACCACUCCCUGGGCCACUGUGAUCUGGACCACCUACAGGCCAAUCCUCAGCCCCUAGUCUUCACCCUGGAACUUCUGGAGGUUCUGGUCCCCGGCUCCUUCAGACUGGACAUCUGGGCCAUGUCGGACGAGGAGAAGCUGAAGGUGGUGCCGCAGAUCCACGAGGAGGGAAACGCCCUGUACAAGAAGGGCAACAUAAAGGAGGCGGCCGAGAAGUACCACAAUGCCAUCGCCUGUCUGAAGAACCUGCAGAUGAAGGAGCGUCCGGGCGACGAGGGCUGGAUCAAGCUCGACCUUAUGAUCACUCCCCUGUUGCUAAACUACUGCCAGUGUCAGCUGAUCCAGGGUCAGUACUAUGAGGUGCUGGACCACUGCUCUUCUCUCAUCUUCAAAUACGAGGACAAUGUGAAGGCGUACUUUAAGCGGGCCAAGGCCCACGCGGCCGUGUGGAACGAGGCAGAGGCCCGGGCUGACUUCGCCAAGGUGGUGCAGAUGGACCCGUCGCUGGGGCCCUCGGUGGCCAAGGAGCUGAGGGGCAUGGAGGAGAGGAUCCGGGCCAAGGAGAAGGAGGAGAAGGGCCGCUACAAGAGCCUGUUCAGCUACGAUGGCAACACCCCGGCCACCGCCACCACGGUAUCACAUCCACCUGGAUGAAUUUAGAUGUUUCUUUGUGAUGAAGAAGAGAGGAGGAGCAGUUGUGGACAUUGCUGACUAAUGUUAAGUUCUAUCCAUACACCAAAACGAUAUUCCUUGUCCCUCCAGGCGAACAUACACCUUCACCACAAGCCUCUCCUAGAUCCACUUUGAUCGUUCACACAGUGUCAGUACACCCUCGCAAAUGUACGCUCCAUGCCAACAGACUUUGGAAGUUCAGCUCUCGGGCCACAGCAGAUGGCGACGACCUUCAAAGCGUACGCCGGAUUGCUCCGGAAAAGCACAUAACUACGUAGUUGUUCGUCUGCGUCGGACUAGGACAUAUACUCAGAGACAAUCAUAAGAUUUGGGAUAUCAAUGGACAGAUACGAGAGCAGUCUGUACCGUUUUCCCAUGAAAACCCAUUUAUUUACCCCAUUAAUGUGCUAUAUAUAUAUAUAAAUGUAUGACUAUCCAAUAUAUUUUAUUUACUCGUAUUAUCUUCACGUGUAUCUAUCGUUUCAAUAUUACUAUAACAUUUCAUUUGCAUUGUCUUUAGUCCUGUAUAUUUGUAAUAGACAGGUUUGCGCAACUAAUCCCAAAGCCCACUUGCCUUUUGUUCAGUCGGACUUCGCUAAUGAUUUGCUAAUUCAUUGCUGUCAGUUGAGUGUAGUUGGGAUGGAUGCCAUUAUUUGACAGGGUCGGUCCAUUUUGGCCACUGCCUCCUUGUUCUAUGAACUGAAAGAUGGUUGAAGCUCACCACAGCCUAUUGGAUGGCCGGAAUGAGUAAUGGGUCUAUGCUUACGCCUAUUCAUUUGUUUUCAGAUCAGAGAAUACCUAAGGGCUUGUUAUGGUAACAGAACUGUAGCAAUGACUUACGGGAAAGCAUUAGUUGAAAGGUCGAGUCUCUUCUGUAGGGCCCAUUUCUGUAGUUCUGCAAAUCAAGCAGCAGACUUGAUUGCCUAACCAGCAUUUUAUACACAGUUCUACAUUAGUGAAAAUGGAUCAAAGGGGUCAUAAUGAAGUGUCAACUGUGUUUGUUCCAGCCAGGUUAAAGCAGUCUGAAUGCAGUAUUUCCAAUUGCUCCAGUUAGUGACUGCAGCAUUCCGUCUAGUUUAACCAGCCCACUUACAUCAUGCCUUCAACAAAAUGCCUACGGUGGGACAUCAGGGUUUUGCAACCGCCUGGUGCUGUUACGUUGUGACUGAGAGGCCAAAUAAAGACGUGCAACUCGG